AAGCACUGAGCUCCGGCGGGGAGGGAAACCACUUUCCCCCCACCCCUGGCAUCCCAAAAAGGGGGGAUUUGGGGUACGGAGCCUCGUCCGAGCCCCCCCGAGCCCUGCCCGUUCCCUCCCUGCGGGCUGCAGCCGGGGCAGGACGCGCGGCUCCGGCCGGGUUGGGGUUUUAUUUUUAUUUAUUUUUUUUUCCCCUUCUCCUUCCCCGUGCAAUGGUGGCUGCGGAGCAAUCGGGCUUGCCACGGCUGCAAAGUAAUCCGAGCAGCAGCUGGAGGCUCCGCACCGCCUCCCGUGCCCAGCUUCAGGGCUUUGAUUUCACACAGGGCUCCCUGUCUGCCUUCCUCCCUCCCCUCUCCAGCGGGGAGCCUUUGGGGUUUUUUUUUUUUUUUUUUUUUUUUUUUUGGUGUUUUUUUUGGUUCCCCCCCCCCCCCCCCCAUCUCGGGUUCUCGUGCUGUAGGAGCUCGUAGGGUUUCGCUGCUCACCCAGAAGAGGAAGAAGCAUCCCGUGGUCUCCCAGCCCUGCAGCCAGCAGCAGCGUGUGCCACCCCGGCGCGAGACGGAGCUGGGAAAAGGAGGUCAACAAUGCAGUUCACAGCCUGGUUCAACCUGCUGCUGCUCCUUCCCUGUUUUGGUACCACCAAAACCUGCUUCCCCGGCUGCCACUGUGAAGUGGAAAGCUUUGGUCUCUUCGACAGCUUUAGCCUGACCAAAGUGGAUUGCAGCGGCAUAGGCUCACACAUCGUUCCCGUCCCAAUCCCUCUGGAUACCUCCUACUUGGAUCUGUCUUCAAACAAACUGGAAACAAUCAAUGAAUCGAUGCUUACUGGCCCUGGAUACACCACCCUGGUGAGCCUUGACCUGAGCUACAAUAAAAUUGCCAAGAUUUCCUCCACAACCUUCUCCAGGCUUCGCUACCUGGAGUCUUUGGAUCUGAGUCAUAACUCUCUGGAAGUCCUUCCAGAGGAUUGUUUCUCCAGUUCUCCUCUGGGUGACAUAGAUUUGAGCAAUAACAAGCUUUUGGAUAUAGCAAUGGACGUUUUUGCCUCCAAAGGUCAAGGAAAACCCCUGAAUGUGGAUCUAUCCAAUAACAUGCUCAGCACAAUUACGAGGCACCGCGAGAAGAGCAUCCCCAACAUCCAGAACUUAAAUCUUUCUGGAAACAGGCUAACAUCUGUGCCAAACCUCCAGGGCAUUCCCCUCCGAUACUUAAAUCUUGAUGGGAACCCUCUAGUCAAGAUUGAGAAAGGAGACUUCGUGGGGCUGACAGAUUUGAUUCAUUUAUCCCUCAGUGGCCUGCGUGGCUUCAAAGAGUUAUCCCCGUAUGGUUUCAAGGAAUUACCAGCCCUCCAAGUUCUGGAUUUAUCCACCAAUCCCGAUUUGAGGUCACUGACUGCUGACGUUAUCUUUGGCUUGAACUCCCUACAGGAGCUCAACCUCUCUGGGACAGGCAUGUCAUCCUUGCCAAAGACUGUGCUGAAAUAUCUGCCCUCCAUCAAAAGCAUCACCCUGGGGAAGAACAUACAGUGUCUUAAGACCAUCAAAGAAGGACAAUACCACCGACAAAUUGGGCCGACCAGAAAAGAGGUCCUCAACUGCCACGACAGCCAUGGGGCCGUAGCAGCAGCGCCUUACGUUUUGUGAUGAAAGAGGACAAAAAAGGGAUGGGGGAGCUGGGGUGGGAGGGUGGGGGGCCGUGGGGUUUGUACAGGUGUCGGACUGAGAUGGCUUGCAGUGUGCCUUUUGUAAAACUGUUGAUAAUUUAUAUAUUUGUACAUGCCAAGACUUGAUUGUUCGUGGAUUUUAUACAUUCGCCAAACCCAGCCCGCCUCCCCUGCAGGCUCCUGAUCGCACCCGGGGUGCUGAGGGCCAGCACGCAGCCCCUUGGCUGGAGAGCAACGCUGUGGGACAAUGGGACCGAGCUGCUCUGCGAGUCCCAGGGCAGAACAGUUGCUCUGGAGCAAACCUUCCUGCCCCAGACACGCCUGCAGGAGCACAGCUACGCCUCUCCAGAGUGCACUCCAAAACACCCCAACUCCGUAGCUGUUGGCUUACGACCCCGCGCUUCACCCCCCUUUUUUUAAUUAUUAUCCCCCAAGAAGUGCCUUCUGGAUGUUGCCUUCAUUAGCAGCACCCUGUUCCCUGCCGUGCACUUUCAGUCUGAAGAAGCAUUUCCAGACAAACCUGAACGCAGGGUGCUCCUAAUGUGCUGGUUUUUACAUGUUGUUUGCAUAGACGUGCAAUGAACCUGGAGGAAGUAGAUAACUCUUCCCACUCUUUUCCCCCUAUUUUGCCAUCUCGAUCCUUUCCAUAUCAAAUUGCUUUAGGUCCAGCCUUGACAGCCUCCUGUCUUUUUAACCUUUUGUUGCUCGGAGAUGAUGUGCAGCAGAGCAAGAGGAGCGGGGAGAGAGGGGUCCGCCGACACCGCAUUGCACCUGGGCACCAGCCUCCCACGAAGCAAAUUAACCGAGCUGCAAAGCGAUCGUGUAGCCUAGCUUGGGAAGAAAAACAACUCCCUCCUUCCUUUCUGAAUGAGCCUAGGAGGAAAUUCUGACAAGGAUUCUCAUCUCCAUGACCUUAUCGAGCCAAGACGCAGACCCUGAGGACUUCAGAGGAAGCUGUUUCUAGGCUGAUGUUCCCCAUCUGAACUCAACAUCUGCGACUCAGCUGAGCUCAUGUCAGGCAAUUUCCAGAAAGUGCCAGGGGAAGAACUAACGCUGAUGCCUGCAACCCUGGAGCAAUUUGACUAUUAGAGGAAGGAUCUUGGGGUUUAUUUUUUUCCAGCAUUGUGACUUUUUUUUCUCUUCCCAUAGCUCCUUGGCUGUCAGCUGAAACCUGAUGAAAAGCCUGGUCCUCAAAGCUUUAUUUUUCCUUCACUCUGAGAUGCUGGCAAAGCACGGGGGAGCCCCUCUCAUCCCACGUCUCAUCCACAUCCACGUCUUAUCCACAUCCACGUCUCAUCCACAUCCACGUCUCAUCCACAUCCACGUCUCAUCCACAUCCAUGUCUCAUCCAUGUCCACAUCUAAUCCAUGUCCACAUCUCAUCCAAGUCCACAUCUCACCCACAUCCACAUCUCAUCCAUGUCCACGUCUCAUCCACAUCUCUGGGCCAGGAGAGAGCAGGGGAAGGCAGCACUCAAUGCCGGGUGUGAAGCCUUCAACCUACUCAACGGAGCAUCUCCCAUGGAGGUGUCUGCUCAGAGUCCAGCCCAAAUCCCACACACUCUGCCCUGGGGAUGGGAAGGGAAAUCGUGUAGGGGGUUCUGCUCAGACUGAUCUACACCCAGCCUUGCAUCAGGGUGACUUUGAAGUGUUGGAAACAGGUUUAGGGGGGUCCAUGCAAAGAUGAUGGGGGCAUAAACCCAGCCCACAACCCUCCUUAGGAGUGCUGGGAGGAGCUUGGGCUUCAUCCUCACACCCCCAAAGGUCUUGGCAGAAGGAAAAUGCGUUGCCCAAAGCUACGGGGGUGGUGGAAAACAGCUGAGCUCAUAAAAGCCAGCUGCUGCCAGGGGGGCUGAACCCAGAUUCAACGCCUUACUUUGGAUACUGAAAUCUGUCUCCCACGUUUUCAUCCAUCUCCUUUUCUGACUGGGGACCUUAGGGUGGGAUUUUAACCCUUUCUUUCAGUGCUGGGGGCUUUGUCCCUCUAGUGAGCCUUUGAAAGGCUCAACCAGCCUUCACAUUCACAAGAAACACGGUGAUUUUCUUAAAAAGGCAACAGAAUGGAGACCCACAUGGGAAUAGCAAUGGGGGCAGUGCAAGAUGGGGACAGUCUGGGAGGAAGGGGGUGGUUUUUAGUGGCUCUUGCCUUUUUAAGAGAAUUAUUUUCUGCUGGCAGAAAAACGUAAUUAAAAAAAAAAAGUGGUUUAAUUUUAUAAAUCCGUAUGUAGAUGCAAUGUUACGAGGAUCAUACACUGUUAAAAUCACCGUCUUUGCACCACUGUGGUAAAUUUAAAACCCAAUGUGACAAUCCAAUUGAAGACUGCAAGAUUUCCUGGUGUAAUCUCACGCUAGCUGCUAGAUAAACAAGUCUUAGCAAAGGCUGGCAAAUACCGUCGCUGUAUUAGUUUGUUGUUUGUCUUUUUCUUAAAGAACCUCAGCAGCAUUGUAAGGCUUUGUGAUUAGUCACAAUAUAAUAAAGUGAUUUGGAGGAGAAUAAA